GCGAAGUGGUUGUGUGCUACGAAGCUCGCAUAGCUGUAAGGCGCGUGCCUCGGCUAAAUACGAGUAUAUUAUAUAGAUAUAAUACGGUGUGCGACUAACUCGUUCCGUUAUUGCGAGCACGUUUAUUAUUUUCUCAUUAUAAUACAAAAGGAGAAUUAUCUCGACGAGGGAAAACGACCCACUUACGUUACUUGGAAAACUUUACAUACAAACAAAACAAAAAAAGACCGAAAAAGUAGCAGCCAGCAGCGGCAGGUGGUGAUUUUAACACGGAAGACAAAUAAGAAAAAGGGGUAAAGGAAAUAAAAGCAAAAAAAAGAGGAAAUAAUGCUUCUUCGUACGUGGUCUGAAGUUUUUCGCGACAGUGACGACGUGAUAAUAAUCUUUCGUUCCUUGUUACGACGCUGACGCCGCGUAAAAAAGAAAACAAAAAGAAAGGAGAGGAGGGUCUUCGUGAGAAAAAACCUAGUGUGACAAAGAACGCGCGUUCUUGUUUUUUUUUCUCUCUCUCUCCAAUCCAUUCCCCCCGGCCACCAAUUUUCCCGGCGGCAUCGCCAAUACUGACCAACCCCCCCCCUUCCUUAUCAACCUGGCCGCAUUGUUUUCUUUCGUUUGUUUAUAUUUAUCUCGUUUACUUUUUGUGCAACUCUCGGAUAUUAAUUUCAACUUAAGGUCAAGACGUGUGUGUGUGUGCGCGCGCGUGAGCGUGCCUACUUGCUUGCCUAUCUCUAGGACAACGACUGCGACGACGGUGACAACGACGACGACGACGACGACUUAGAAGAAGAAAGAAGACGAAGAGGACGACGUAAGCAGCAACGUACGCAUACGUACGUACGUACCUAUCACACGAGGAGAAAUUCUUAGGAGUCUCGCGGCGCCAUGACCGCGGACGGCCUGUUCGAACUUACCAGCAUCCCGGGGCACCUCGCUCCCACGCCCGAGAGACUGGAGAGGGUUCUCUCGAAGCAGACCCUCGAGGAACUCUACGAAGUCGAGGAACAGCCUUUCGCACGGGGCAAAUAUGCAACGGUGAGAAGAUGCCGAGAAAGAUCGAGCGGUAGGCAAUGGGCCGCAAAGUUUCUAAGGAAAAGACGACGUGCUCAGGAAUUGAGGGCGGAGGCACUUCACGAGGUCGCGGUGCUGGAUGCCGCUGCUCACUGUUCUCGUCUCGUUUCCCUCCACCAGGUCUUUGAGACCAAUACCGAGAUGGUUCUCGUCUUGGAAUUAGCACCUGGAGGUGAAUUGCAAAUGAUAUUGGACAGAGAUGAGGUACCAGAAGAACGACAAGUGGCAAGAUUAUUGAAACAGAUUUUAGAUGGUAUCGCAUUCUUGCAUUCUCUCAACGUAGCACACUUGGAUAUCAAGCCACAAAAUUUGGUAUUAACCGGCGAUUUUCCCGAUUGCGACGUGAAACUAUGCGAUUUUGGUAUAUCGCGAUACAUCAGCCACGGUGCAGACAUACGCGAGAUCUUGGGCACGCCCGAUUAUGUUGCCCCAGAAGUCCUGAAUUACGAACCGAUCAGUCUGGCAACCGACAUGUGGUCGGUAGGAGUUCUACUCUACGUUCUUCUAACGGGAUGCUCCCCUUUUGGCGGUGAUACCAAACAGGAAACCUUUUGUAACAUCAGCAGAUGUCGUUUAGAUUUUCCGGACGAUCUAUUCGAGGACGUAUCAGAAGAGGCGCGAGAUCUCAUGCGCAAACUCAUGGUCAAGGAUCCAAGCGAACGACUGACAGUAACGGAGUGUCUUCAACAUGCAUGGUUCGCCAUGUUCGAUGACCCAGUGCCACCGUUAUCCCCUUCACUUCCCCCUACGGAAGACUCCACUUUAAAAUCAAAGACGAUCUCGCAGCAAGAAGAAGAAGAACCACAACAACAACAAUCACCAUCACAACAACAACAACAACAGCAGCAACAACAACAUCAGCAGCAACAACAACAGCAACAACAGCAGCAACAACAGCAGCAGCAGCAAUCGAGUAAUAAAUCUUUGCUGGAAGAAACUAAAACGACAAUUCCAAGUUCAACGCCAAAAUGUUGCGACAACGAUAACAGCGUGAGAACGUCGAACGUUUCUAAUCAUAAUGAAGUAAAGACAACAGUGACUACACGUGCAAUGUCAUCGCAUACUGAAAAUAUUUAUUCGACUUCUAAAUCAAGCCCAAAACCAAUAAGAUUCGGUUUGAGUUCCGAUCGUAAGGAUAUAUUUAAACGUAACAUGGACUCGCUGGCACAAAAAUUUUCCAGCACAGAAAUCGUCAUAAUAGAAUCUUCAUGCGCUAAUAAUAAAAAUACGACGACAACAACGACGACUACAAUAACGACUAAUACAACAAUGAUAUCUGGAAACGUGAGUACACCUAGAAGAGCAACGGCCACUCACACUAUGCCAGCUGGCGAAGUUUUCAAAUGUACCCCGGUGUUCAUUCUUGGCGAGGAACAACAAUGCAGCGACGGUGGUAGCGAUACGGUAUCGGAAAUUUCGACUGACAGUUCGAGCGAUCGAAGUAGCAUUUAUUCCGACGACUCGUUGGAUUUUAUUCUAUACGGGAAAACACAGGGUGGAGGUGGUAAGGCCAGUUUUCCCUUCACAGUUGUUGCCGAUUCUACGACAGACAGAUGGGAACAAAGGCAUCACCAUCAUCACCACAAUCCACGAGCCUGGCCAAGAGAAUGCAACGGCGUUGUUAGCAAAGCACUCAGUCGUUUCACGUCAGAGACGUCAAGCAUCAGCAGCAGCAGUAGCAGCAGCAGCAGCAGUAGCAGUAGCAGCAGCAGCAGCAGCAAGUCCUCUAAAUUGUCAACGACGAUUCCACCGGUAGUUCGCGGUAAAACUGGCUUGGAAGCUCUCAGAGAGAGGGGUGGAAAUCUGGUCGUCAUAAGGGAACCCGUUAGAGCCGGUAGAUAUACGAGGUACACUGAAGUUCAGUGCGAAUCGGUGCAGGCACGGAUUCGACGUUUCCAAGUACGCGAAGCGUCCUAAAGGAAAAGUAAUCUUUCCCCAUAAAUCCCCCCGCCCUCCCUCCGCCUACUACCCGCGUCUUCAAAGAGGACACCUGAGAUGACUAGCCAAUUUUUUUUUACUUGGUACUCGCCGUCGUUAAAUUUCAAACGAUGAUCCGUGAUAGAGACUGAUGCUUCUUUUUUUCCUUUCUUUCUUUUUCUUUUUCUUUUGUACAUAGAUAAGAAACGUUAAUCGUGUACAGAUUAAGGGCCAAUCGUGCCUCCUUACGACUAAAUUCUGUAGGUAUGGAAGCGUGUGUUAUUACGUAAUAGUGAGAGAAAUGUUAAUAAACGCGAAAGAGAGAUGAGGUAGGAUGAAAAAAAAAGCAAAAAAAAACGUUUAUUAAUGCGAACAAAUGGCUGUUGUAUAUAUAUAUAUAAUAAGUGAGAUACAAUUUAGGUACGUGUGUGAUGACGUGCAUGUCGUUUUGUUCUCUCCCCUUUUUUCUUUUUCAUUUUCAUUUUCAUUUUCAUUUUCUUUUUCUUUUCUUUUUUCUUCGAGAAUUAUGACCAGGACGUAAUCCACAAAUUUUCUGCGGUACAUAAUAUAAAUAAAUAAUUAAAUACAUAUAUACAUAAAUACAAAGCGUACGGUCAAGAUAAGAAAGAAAAAAAAACACGUUAUACAUAACGUUAUACGGCAAUGAUAACGAGACUUUUAUGGUAUCAUGUAAAUAAUAGGAAAGAGAAGAAAUUAGAUAAAAUGAUGUAAAGUUGAUUAUAGAAAGUUUGAGAAUACGUAGAAUAGAGAUCUGUAAAAAAUAAAAAAAACAACAACUCGUUAUCUGCCGUUUUCAAAGGAGAAGGGACACAAACUUUCGUGGCGACUUAAACAAAAAAAAUUAAAAAAACGUAUUUAUGCGAGCAUCCCAGUUGAAAUGAUAAAAGUAAAAAAAAAAGAAUAAAAUAGUGGUGCUUUAGUUGGAGAUUUCCAUUCGAAUUGAUAAUGUUAUUAUUUCGUUGUGACGUACGAACAAGCGUAUUAUCAUUAAUAUUAUACGUCGCCCAAUAUAUGUGGUUGUUGUAUAUUAAUAUAUAUAUCUAUAAUAUAUAUAUAUAUAUAUAUAUUAAGAUAUAAAGUGUUCAGCGUCCUAUACGACGAAUUUUACGUUUAUUAAGCUCCAUUUCAAUAACUUUGGUGCCUUCGUAAUAAGCGUUUAUAACAUUUCAAA